UGAAAAACCUCGGAGCUGAAGCGAACCACGAACGAGAAUGCUACGGGCGCCAUCUUGAAAUUUAGCGGGAAAACGAAACCUUCGUCACGUGAUACGGGUCUCUUCGAAUUAGCAACCAGUCUUUACAGUUCCAUUGUGAUUCGCCUGGUUGAUGAUGGUCGAAGUUGUGCGGAACAACUUUGAGGACCUAUUUCCAGAGAUUAAGGAAGCGAUCGAGCAAAGUGCCUUCGUAGCUAUUGAUACAGAGUUUACCGGCCUCUAUACAACUGACAGUUCUCAACCAAGCUUGUUUGACGACCCUGAGACAAGAUACAAAAAAUUAAAGAAAACUGCCUCUCAGUUUCUGAUCAACCAGUUUGGGUUGACAGCUUUUGUUCAGUCAAAAGAGGAUUCCAACAAAUAUGUAGCACAUACAUAUAACUUCUUUUUGUAUCCUCAUUCCUUUGGACCUGUAGAUGUAAGAUUUUUGAGUCAGGUAAUUUUUAUUGUCUUCUAUGAAAACGUUAAAAUAGGCAGUAAAGAGCAUUGCAGAACCUCUCUGCCAAAAGCAGAAAGAGGGACAUGGUUUCAGUGUUUAUCAGAUUCCAGGAAGAAUCUAAUAUUCUCCAACAGUGAAGACAUUNUUGUGAGAAGGUUCCCCUCUCACCAAUAUGAUGUGGGCUCACAUCCCGGACCUUCCUUUGGGGGCCAAAUAUUUUGUCCCUUUCAUAAAAUGGCCUGUUUUCUGCAGUGGCAUAAUUUGGUUAAACAGUACAUCAACAAAUUUCUUCAUAGGCAAAUAGAUGAAGAUAUUCUGGAAAGAUGUUGUGCAAAGAUAGAGGAAUGGGUUUCAUCAGCAAAGGAGGGAGACAAAAUUGAGUUAAAUCUUGGCAGUUGUCAAGCCCAGUAUCUUCUCCUUGAGGAAGUAAGAACAAGAUUUCCUGGGAUUAAAUACCAGACCAAGAAACAGUUUAAGGUGCUUGUCACAAAACUGCCCACAGAGGAUGAUGAAUGUGAUCAAGGAAGUAACUCAGAUCUUCUUACUCAAGAACAAGAAAAAAUCAUAAAUGCCAUGGUUGGUUUUUCUAGAGUUUUCCAAGUUCUAGCAACGUGUGAAAAGCCUCUUGUGGGACACAAUGUUUUGACGGACCUGUUACUGACCUACGAGAAAUUUUACAAACCAUUACCAGAUAGUUUUAAGGACUUCAAAUCCGAGCUUCACAGGCUAUUUCCUCUGAUUCAUGACACAAAGUUCAUUGCUUUUGAAAUAAGAAGGAAUCCGGCUUUAUCACAAUGUAAUUUCCUUGAUGAUACGAACUUAGAAAGGCUUCACGCUGCGCUUUCAAGCAAGGAUUCCCAAUAUUUUGCACUUUAUGCACCAUCAAUACCAUUUGCAGAGAAAUGCUACAGAUAUGUUGACGAGAAAAUGCCACACGAGGCUGGGUACGAUUCAUUCCUCUCCGGUUUCGUGUUCCUACGGAUGGCCCAUAUCCUAGCCUAUAAGGUAUCAAAGCCUCCAGAAGGUCCGCUACCCUUCUCCAAGUUUCUUCGCGUGCUCAAACCGUUCGAGAAUCUAAUUCACCUGAGCAGAGCACGAGUACAGCACGUGAACCUAACUGGUCCGGACCCACCCUCUGUUCGUCCACAGUGGCUUUACGUAACGUCUAAAGUUAAGAAGAAGCCGCUUGUUGCUAGGACGUUAGCGCAAGAGUUCUCGCAGUUUGGUUCAGUGGAUGUGAAAAUUUUGGACUCGCAACAUGCACUGGUCGCUGUUGCUCAGCACAGAAGAGCAAAAGAUGUUUUACGGACCUUCAGACGGCACAAGACGCUGAGUGUUCGACCAUACAACUCAUUUUUAGAUUCGCCCAAGAUAAAAAUAGCUCUGUGGUGCAGCGGAACCGCUGUGGUCCUCUCGGCUGUCGCAGUGUAUUUAUGGAAAUCUUGGACAUAGCAGUUAAUUUAUUAAUCGAAAGAAAACAUUCAGUAAUUACUGGUCGGGGUCGGGUGGAAAAAGUUUCGAACCAAGCUGUUGUGUGAUGUUUUUUUCAUAAAUCCUAUUUUCAAUAACUUAAAUUUCUUCUACGGUUUCUCUAACUUCGUAUGUACUAGCAAUAAAGAUUUCGUCUCUACAAGGAAUAAUUUCAAACAAAGGUGGCUAAACAUAGUGUUCAUUAUUUCCUUGGGAAAUUUCAUUUUCGCGUUAAAUGAAUUUUCUUUUAUCUCUAACGUCUUUUUAGUUCUGUAACGAUCAAACUUCGAUUAAACAAGCAAAACGAAGCGAGCGAAAUGUGUUCUCUUUAAAGUUACGGGGAUACGGGGAUUUAUUUCGCCCAAAGAUGAGGAACUGUUUCGUUGGGAAGUUACAUUUUUGCUAUAGUUGAAUUUUCUUUUAUCUCUAAUGCCUUUUCAUCUCUAUGAGAAUAGAACUUACUGCAUGCAAACUAACAAAACAGAGUGAUGAGAAUUUCGUCUCUUAAGACACUGGCUUAAGAUCGGAUAAUCCCGAAACUCAUUUACAUAAUAUUUAUUUUACCGUACUGUGAAUGAAUUCUCGCAUGUUGCAGCCGUUUGCGUUAGUUUUAUAGUAGAACGUUUUCUAAAUAAAACCUCGUGUGUUUUCUGCA